AUGGACCAGCCACCUCCAAUUCUCUUGUUGUUGGAUGACGAGAAUGUUUGGCUACAGAACGUUCUACCUUUUUUGGGCAUGGGUCAGUAUGCGUUUGUGGGUGCCGUGAACCGGCAAUGGCAACAGCUGUAUCAAGAGUACUGUGAUAGAGUGGUGGAUCCUCCCACAGUAGUCCAGUUUGUCCCUCAUGGAACGAAGGCUCGCAGGGGCGACAACCGUGCAGCAACAGCAAAAGACACUUUCUACAGUGCCGCUUUCUUCAAUGUAUCAUGUGCGGAAUACUGGCUAAAAGACCAUUUUGUGGAUAAAACUCCAACAACUUCUGACGUUUGCAGAACAAAUGCGAAACAAGGGAGUCUAGAGGUUCUUGAAUGGGCACACCACAAAACGAGUUUCCCAUGGGAUAUGUUUACUUGCCACACAGCAGCAUUGAACGGACAUUUGGAGAUGCUCAAAUGGGCAAGAGAGAAUGACUGCCCAUGGAGUAGUGACACAGGCGCUCACGCUGCUCUUGGUGGGAAUUUGGAAGUGUUGAUUUGGGCUAGAGCCAACGGUUGUCCAUGGGAUGAAAAGACAUGUGCAAGGGCUGCUCAAGGUGGCCAUUUGCAUGUGUUGAAAUGGGCCCAUGAACACGGCUGCCCCUGGGAUCAGCAAACAUGCUCUACUGCUGCCUCCAAGGGGCAUUUGGGUGUGCUGAAAUGGGCCCGAGAAAAUGGAUGCCCAUGGGAUGCAGACAGAUGCACUUUCAGAGCUGUCAGUGGUGGGCAUUUUGAAAUAUUGAAGUGGGCUCAUGAGAAUGACUGCCCAUUGUCUGACCAGACAUGCAAUCUAGCUGCACAAUCUGGGAACCUGGGAAUCUUGAAAUGGGCUAGAGAACAUGGCUUUGCAUGGAAUGAAUUAACAUGUGCUGCAGCUGCUAAAGGUGGUCAUUUGGAAGUAGUGGAAUGGGCCCGCAAGAAUGGCUGCCGGUGGAAUGAAUCGGUAUGUGCCCGUGCUGCAGGCCGCGGACACCUUGAAAUUUUGAAGUGGGCUCGCCACAAUGGCUGCCCCUGGGAUGAAUCGACAUGCCAUGCUGCUGCGAGAGGUGGGAAUCUUGAGACUUUGAACUGGGCGCAUGAACAUGGCUGCCCAUGGGAUCACAUAACAUGCAUUUUUGCUGCACAAUAUGGGCAUUUGGAGGUGUUGCAAUGGGCCCAUGAACAUGGUUGUCCUUGGGGUGGGCAGACUUGCCGCUGGGCUGCUCAUGGCGGGCACUUGCAUGUGCUAAAAUGGGCCCAUGUAAAUGGCUGCCCGUGGGAUGAGGUCACAUGUGCAGCGGCUGCUAGAUGUGGCUCUUUGGAAUGCCUUAAAUACGCCCAUGCUAAUGGCUGCCCAUGGGAAGAGGAAACAUGCAACCAAGCUGCUGCUGGUGGGCACCUGGAAGUUCUGCAAUGGGCUCGUGAGCACGGAUGCCCAUGGGAUCAGCUUACAUGUUCUCAUGCUGCUGGAAAUGGUCACUUGGAAAUACUGAAGUGGGCUCAUGCUAAUGGCUGCCCGUGGGAUAUUGAACAGACACUGGAAUGGGCUAAGAUGUCUGACCACACACAAGUUGAAGAGUGGGUAAUUGAAACUGGACUGGACGAAAUUUCCAUGGUUGCCCAUGCAGGUUCAAAUGUAUUGUCACAGUUUUGUUAA